ACAGUAGCUCCACUUGCGCGCUUACGCUGAAACGCGCCUCGAUUGAUUUUUCGCCCUCUGUGGCCAUUUGUUGAACUUGAGAGUGUGCGGGGCCUGGCUAAAGCCCCUCGGGCUUUAAGUGACGCCACACCAGCUGUAUAAAACAGCUCCGCUCCUCUCGCUAAGGCAGUCAAUGGCGGUCAUACAGCCGGAUGUUACGAUGGUGCCUACGAGCAAGACAGCUCGGCAGAAUGCAAAGAGGAAGCAUCAGCGAGCUACGGAGACUGAAGAAGAACGAGAAGAACGACUUUCUAAGCGGCGUGCCCAGUAUGCAGCUCGGCGACAACGCGCAACCUCCUCUGUGGAAACAGCAGAAGCAAAGGAAGAAAUUGUGAGUUUGCCCGACAGUGAGUCUUCUUCUACUAGUUCAGAACGCUGGAACGCGACUAAACGGCAGAGGCGUGUCCAAGAAACCCCGGAACAGCGGCAGCAGCGGCUCGAGAAGGAACGUGCGUUUCGAGAGAAGGAAAACGAAAAGCGAAGAAAACAGCGUGCAGAAGAAACACCCCAGCAGAGACAAGAGCGUUCGAAGAAAAGACAGGAGAAAUCUCUCGCCAAGGCUGGCCCGACUCAAACCGAAGGACACAUUGCAGUAGAACGACGUGAAGAACAUGCGAGAAGAGUAAAGGAGUUUGAGACGGCAACGCGUGAAUUCAACAGACGCUUUACUAACAACGCGUUCGGCUAUGCGUGUACAGUGCGUGACCGGUUGUGGCAUAGGGACAAACUUACGCCGCAGCAAGUAUCGCAGAGCCAGCAUGCUGUGGCAGCCCCAUCUAGUGAGAGUUCCUCUCAGCUCAUACCAGAGUCCCAGGCCUUGCAGAGCCAGGUGCCAACUCCAUCUAGUGAUGGUUCCUCUUACACCCUGCCCCAGGUUCGGAAGUGCCAGUGCAGCUGUCAUCCUGUGAUGAUCACACAGGCAGUACAGACUGCCUUGCCUCAACUCGCGAUCAGCACGCAGACGUCAAGCACUCCGUUGCAGUUUUCCCAGGCCCACUUGUGCCGUUGUUGCUGCCAUUAUUCGAUGAGCACAACGGCUAUGCAGACAGCCCCGGAUUUCGAGCAGCUUGCCACAAGCAGUUCCCAUUCGCAAACUGCCGAGAGCUGCCUGCUAGUUUCUAGAAGGAACGCUGGCGUGCAGGUUCACCUCAGUGCAUACAUCUGCCUCUCAGUGGCAUCACAGACCACGUUCCAUUGAGCAGUCCGGUGUGGAACCUGAGGUGCUGAACUGUGCCUUAUUUCCCCUCCGCUGCCUGUCAAGUUGCAACCGCGUCAGUCCCUCAUUCCGUUGCAACCACGUCAGUCCCUCAUUCCAAGCAGAUGGAGCUGGACGAAGAAGAGGUGCCAGCCGCUGAAUGUGACAGGAUCCAGUGGGAAUCCUCUGACAUAAGAUUUCAUUUAAGCUGGCAAGAUCUAGCUGCGGCAUCAUUCAACUUGGUCCUUGGGAGGGAACCAAUGGCCUGGCCACUAAAGCGAGCGGUGCACUUGAUCCACACAACCUUGAAUGCUGAGAAUUGGCAUUCAUUUGCAUUGAGCGGCCGCAGCAAGCAAGGUCUUAGCAUCAGAAGCCUUGUUGCCCCCGUACAUCGUUACGCCGGGGCUGGAGAUGGCUUUGCGGCUGAUGCCAUGGCGAUCUUGAGGCCAUGAGACCUAGCCUGCUGUUGGAGCAUGGGACCACUUACUGGGAUGUUCUGAGCCCUCACUUAGAAUCUUGAGAGUGCCGCAUCUAUGACCUCAUACUUCGACGCACAAAUUCUCUUUUGUGACAGUGAAGAAGAAUCUUACUGCAGCAGCUGCUGCACCUUCUCCCAGUUCUUGUAAAUAGUUCACACGGUUGUGCUGGAUAUGUACCUUGCCACCACUGACACAUUCUUCAUCUGCUCUCGGCGUACUUUAUCACACACUUCUUGGUUUGCAGUGAGGAAGCAUGCUGCUCUUCAAUGCCACUUGGAGAUGCAGAACAGAAGCCUGCAAACAACUACAGAUACUGACACAAUGUGCCGUGCACCAAACACAACAAAAAGACUGCCAAAAAACGGAUAUGACGCUCACACUACUGCUUUGACCCACGCUCCAUGCAGCAGACACCCAGAUCAGAUGCUGCCCAUUCUCAUCUCCUCUCGCUGUCUUUAUGGUUUCCUUCUUACCGCUGAUCUCCAUGGCCUCCGUGUGUACCUGCUCUGCUGAUAAACGGGAACAAAUCGAUCAGCACUCCCUUCACGGGUUCCAUGGUCAUGCCCUUCAAGGAACCAUGCUACAAUGGUAUUGUGCUUUGCGUGCCUGAACGUUAAGCGGUCUGCAGGGUGUCCACCAACCGGGAAAACUGGGAAUUCUCAGGGAUAUUGAGUAGUCUGGAAAAACUCGGGGAAAACUCAGGGAAUUUGUGCUUCUAUUAGGGAAAAUUAGCUGUAAUUUUAUUGAAAGGGAACGAGAGUCGCGGUAAUGCUGGCUCAAGUAACAGACAGGAAUCAUAACGAAUCGUCUUUGCCGCCCUGUCGUAAGCUGGAGGAGUGGCAAGUGUACAGUGAACGACCGACUUUUCGGACGGCUUCGCGGUUGUCAGAAUGUCUUAAAUUUCAGACGCAAGAACCCUUCGCCGUCCGAUUUUCCUGUUUAAUUAUUAAUCAAAGCCACCACCGCUGCCGAUUAGAUCACCUCGCCACCUCGAACUGGUGCUCUCGCACGCAGAUCCACACUGUGGCAAUGCUAGGCCUAGCUGCUUCGACGUUCGUUAUUAAGCUUCUUGCUGUUGGGUGCAGUGUUUUUCAUUGAAAGAAUUCGCCACUGUCAGCAAUGGUACCGACUCUGCAUUGGUGGUCCUCAAGAUUGGCUUCAAAGCUUGGAAAAAACGGUGCGUUGCAUAAUGCCGGUUCCCGAAAAUCAGCUUGGCCUUUGUACAGGAAUGUUACUUCGUGAAACAUACGCAAAAGUAUUGCGGUGAAGCAUAACAAGCGUGUGAAGGGGCUGUUGCCACGGGAGACAGUAUGUAGUCCUUAAUUAUACACACGUGCACCCGGAAUCUCCUGUCACAGUACGAGUACCGAUAUGACUAAUACGUGUACCGACAGACCUUCAGAGCUUUUUCAAAUGUGCCUGUGGUGGUUCGAGUCCUUAAGGGCAGUAAAGACAUGCAUUCUUUUCCAAGUGGCCGAUUUUUCAGACGUUUUCUUGGCCCAUAGGGAGUUCAAAAAAUCAGACGUUGACUGUACAACUGACCAAAAAGGUCCUUCAUAUUGUCCAUGGGGCAAACGAGCGGCAGAAGGAGAACGAGAACAGAAAGGACCUACGCAUUGAGGAAUGAACGGGAAAGGAAGUGUGCUGCCGCUGUUUUGAAGGAGCUUGAGCUCAAAAAACAAAGCUGGCUGAUGCCGAUACGCAGGUGCCCCUCAUCCAAACCAAAAUAAACUCUUUGAAGCAGUGAUGCACAACACUGAGGCAUCGUGCGCGGGCUGAGAGUAUGUCAGGACAGUUGUGUCAGGACAGUUGAGGUUGACUUACAAGCUGUUGAGAGAGAAUCUCAAUUGUGACAAAGUUCGGGCCUCAUACCACUGAGCUUGCUAUCAGUUGAUAGAAAUAGCUCGCAUUCGAAAAUAUUUGCUUCUUUAUGCAUCUUCUUUUUAUUCAUAUUUAAGGAUGUCCGACUCGAUUUGCAAUUUUUUUCGAAGACAUAUUUUAUUUGCUGUGCAUUUUACUAACCCCUCCCUUCUAUUCUCUUUUUGAAUAAAAUAAGCACUACUCCUUAGUAUUAAACUGGA